AUGACUAGUAGGAGGAUUAGUGGGUUUGAUACUACUCCUACCUAUGUUGGUGAAGAACCCUCUGUCUUUACCAUAAAACUCCAUAUUGGUGGAGAUUUAGUAUGGCAUCCAACCACUGGUUAUAAGGAUGGAGGAGUUGAGUACUUUGACCAUUUCAACUGCCAUGAGGGUAGUUUACUAGAUUUAAGGAGAAUGGUAAAGCAACUCAGGUUUUGUGAUAAAAAGGUGCAGUUUUGGGUUCUGGUUAAGGGUAAGGGUAGAAAGAACUCAAGAAAACCUGAACUUAAGCCUUUAAUAAAUGAUGCAGACAUUGUCAAUUUAGUUGGAGAUGUUCCACCUAACAAGGAGUUAGAUAUUUUUGUUGAACAUUUAUUUGAUGAUCAAUGGGAUUACGAUGUAGAGAUAUCUAGGGAAUUGGGAGAUGAUUGCUUACUAUAUGAUGAGAGUAGUGAGAAUGAAGUUGAGGUUGAGCAAGAAAGUGAAAAUGAAGUUGAGGAAGACAACCUUAUAGACUCUGGGACUAGUUCUAAGCAGGUUAAUCCUAAGACUGGGCUGGACUGUGAUGAGGUACAGGAAGUUGAUUGUGAAUUGUCUGAAGAGGUGUUGAGGAGUUUGGAGAAUUCAGAUGACUCUGAUGGGGAAUUGAAUGUACUGGAGAAUGUUUUCCAAGAGAGUGACCUUAAAAAAGAAGGCUUUAAGUUUGUGAUUGGAAUGAUUUUCAAAUCAGCAGAUGAGUUUAAAUGGGCUGUUAAGUAUCAUGAGGCAACAAGGAGAAAGGAUAUCCAUUUUAUAAAGAAUGAAGGCAGGAGAGUAAGGGUGAUUUGUAGACACAGUAGCAUAUGCAAGUGGACUAUUUUUGCCUCAAGAAGCAAUCCAGGAAGUCCAUUUGCUGUUAAGACUUACUGUCCAGAGCACACAUGUGGGGAUCAAGAUGAAAAUAAAACAGUGAAUUCUGGUUUUCUUGCCAAAAUGUAUAAAGAUGACAUCAAACUGAACACUGAAUGGGGGAGAACACAGUUUCAAGAACAUGUGAAGGCAAAGUUGAAAUGUCAUGUAAGUAAACACCAAGCUUAUAGGGAAAAGCACAAGGUUCUAAAGCAACUAGAAGGGGAUGAUUCAGAGCAGUUCAAGCUACUUAACAGUUACUGUGAUGAAUUAAGAAGAAGCAACCCUAGAACUUAUGUGAAGAUGAAGGUUGACAGUGAGUUUAGUGUGAAUGGAAGACCUAGGUUUCUGAGAUUAUAUAUUUGUUUUGCAGCCUGCAAAGAAGGAUUUUUGAGGGGCUGUAGACCCUUUUUUGGGUUAGAUGGUUGUCAUCUAAAGGGUGCCCAGAAGGGAGGGCAGUUGUUGACUGCUGUAGGUGUAGAUGGAGAUAACAGCUUGUUCCCUAUAGCCUUUGCUAUUGUUGAGGGAGAAUUAAAGGAUAGCUGGACAUGGUUUUUGGAGCAAUUGGAUAAUGAUCUUGAUAUAUCAAGUAAUCCUAAUGCUUAG